AUGCCUGUUCAGGUACGGGUUGGUUCCACUGACAGGCUGGAGGGAGGCCUGGGCUCCGGACUGCUGAGGAGACUUUCUUCCAGGAAAUCUCACCAGCGCAACAACAGCCCUCAACCCCCAGGUGCCAAUGAAAUGGGGGGGAAUGGAGAUGAGGGCGGCUCCAGCAGGCUGAGCCGUAGGCUGUCUCGCCUGAGCGGCAGGCAUCAGAACCGGGAUCCUCCAAGACCUCCUGCUGCCCCUGUCCAGCAAGAUGACAGGCCCCCACCGGCUCAGCCCGCAGCUCUACCUGUCCCUCCAGCCCCGGCUCCUCUACCCCCUCCCAUGGAAAUGCCACCUAAACGCCCCGACAAAGCCACGAAGCCCAAGCUUCCUCCUCGCCCGCUGUCCAGGGUGUUCAGCAGCGGAGACCACGGAGCAGCUGUGCUGCAGGGCUUUGACACUUUCCGGGCAGACGACACUCUCUGUGACGUCGUCUUGGUUCCUGGAGACAGCAAGGAAACGUUCCCAGUCCACAGGGUCAUCAUGGCUUCGUGCAGUGACUAUUUCAAGGCCAUGUUCACAGGAGGCAUGAGGGAACAGGAGAUGAGAGAGAUCAAGCUGCAUGGCAUCACUAGGUUGGGCUUAAAGAACAUUAUAGACUUCAUUUACACAUCCAAAGUCACCCUGGACAUGGGCAACCUCCAGGACACGCUGGAAGCUGCAAACUUCUUGCAGGUCAUGCCUGUUCUGAGCUUCUGCAAUCAGCUCCUGAGCAGCGAGAUUACUAUUGAUAACUGCGUGGAAGUUGAACGCAUUGCCAUAGACUUGCUCCUGGAGGAUGUUCAGCUGAAUAUUGGUACGUUUGUGAGUGAGAACCUCUCAGAACUGGUGCAGUGCGGCCGCUACCUGCAGCUCUCUGAGACCACCAUGGCCAACACGCUGGCCAGCAACUCCCUGAAAGGUUUCUCCGAGCUGGAGCUCUACCACAUCGCCAAGGGCUGGCUGGACCACGACCCUCCCCAACGCCACCCCUCUGUUCACGCCGUCAUGCGCCACAUCCGCUUCCCCCUGAUGAGCCCCAGUGAGCUGAUCCAGAUCUCCCAGGACGACGAAGAGGAAGACGACUCCAUGAUGCGCUCCGUGACGGCCUGCGUGAACCUGCUGCUGGAGGCCAGCAACUACCAGAUGAUGCCUUACAUGCAGCCCGCCCUGCAGACCGAGAGGACGCAGAUACGAUCAGACGCCACUCACAUCCUGGCCCUGGGGGGUGUGAUGCGCCAGCAGCUGGUGGUAAGCCGGGAGCUCCGGCUGUACGACGAGCAGACUGGCCAUUGGAGGGCUCUGAAGCCCAUGGAGGCUCCACGCUAUCAGCACGGGGUGGCUCUUCUGGGGGGCUUCCUCUUCAUUGUUGGAGGUCAGAGCACCUAUGAUACCAAGGGUAAGACGGCCAUCGACAGCGCCUACCGCUACGACCCCCGCUUUGACAAGUGGGUUCAGAUCGCCUCCCUUAACGAGAAAAGGACCUUCUUCCACCUCAGCGCCCUGAAGGGGAAGCUGUUUGCAGUGGGAGGAAGGAAUGCCGCUGGGGAGAUUGACUCAGUGGAGUGCUAUAACCUGAAGAAAAACGAGUGGAGCUUAGUGAACGGCAUGAUGGAGCCUCACUACGGACACGCCGGGACGGUUCACGGAGGCCUCAUGUACAUCUCAGGUGGAAUUACACGCGACACCUUCCAGAAGGAGCUCUGGUGUUACGACCCCGUGGCCGACGCGUGGAGUCGGCGGGCCGACAUGAUGGACCUGCGCGGCCUGCACUGCAUGUGCACCGUGGGAGACAGACUGUACGUGAUGGGGGGGAACCACUUCCGCGGGACCAGCGACUACGACGACGUGCUGGGCUGCGAGUACUACAGCCCGGACUCGGACCAGUGGACGGUGGUGGCGCCGAUGCCCCGGGGCCAGAGCGACGUGGGCGUGACGGUGUUCCACGGACAGAUCUACGUGGUGGGGGGGUACUCGUGGAACAGCAGGUGCAUGGUGGACAUCGUGCAGCGGUACGACCCCGAGCACGACGUCUGGGAGAGGGUGUUCAACGUGCUGGAGCCUCUGGGGGGGAUCCGCGCCUGCACCAUGACUGUUCACCUCCCGGAGGGGUCGGUAGACGAGGCUCAGCUGCCGGAGUGCCCUCUGCCUCCAGCUAAGAGCUGAAGCCACACGCAGGGGGUUUCCUGUUCACAGGAGCUGUACAAAAGGGCAAAACAGGAAGUAGGCCUAUGCAAGUUGCAAAUAUAAGAAGUAUGUGCAAAACUGUCAGGUAGGGUUGCCACCCGUCCCGUAAAAUACGGAAUUGUCCUUUAUUUGAGAAAAAAAUGUUGCGUCCCGUAUUGAACUAAUACGGGAUGCGAUUUGUCCUGUAUUUUCAUUAACGCCCCAUACACACGUCUGUCACACACACACAUCAACACUAAAUUUAACAAUACUGAACAAAAUAAAACACAGGAAAUAUUAAGGCCAGCAAAAUCUUUGAGGCGGGACAACAGGACCUGCUGC